CACCACGACCUUCCAUCCACCGCAUAUCAUGCUCUCCAAUCCAUAUACCUCUUCCCGCUGCCGGAUAUAGCAAGACAUAGUCAAAACUCAUACACAUCAAGCACCCAGCAGCCUCAACCAUGACCACCCUCACCCCCACUCUCAAAACAACCGCCUCCCUUCCACCCUCAACCUUCAUCUACCGCAUCCUCCCCACCGGCCCGCGCCUCAACCCCUACACCUACACCACUCCGCCCUCAUCACUCGCGAUAACCGCCUCCGACGACUCACUACGUUUCCUGGAUCCCGCAACCCUCUCCCUCCUCCCUGCCGGCGUGAUUACAAAGGUGCACGAGAGCGUCACGUGCCUGGAACGCGCCGACGAUGCAGCAGGGAAUUUGCUGGUUACAGCGGGAAGAGAUGGAACUGUGAAGAUGUGGGAUGGGAGGCUGAGGGCGAAGGGGGCUUGUGUGCUGCGUGUUGACGUUCCACAUAAACUCGUUUCAGCGAUUGUUUGCGACUACGAGAAGAGCUUUCUGGCCGCUGGAAUUGAGAAUCCGAAUGAUGGUCCUGGGGACACACCGGUGUAUAUUUGGGACAUCCGCUCCCCCUCUACCCCCCGCCUGACCCUCCCAGACUCCCACACCGACACCCUAACAACCCUCUCCCUGCACCCCUCCCACCCCACCCUCCUCCUAACCUCCUCCACCGACAAUCUCCUCUCCAUCUUCGACACCAGCGCCGCCGACGAAGAAGACGCCUUGUAUCAAGUCAUCAACCACGGAUCCGCCGUAGCGCACGCUGGCUUCUUGUUACCUGCCGAUGGAAACGGAGAAGGGGAUAUCUUCGCCCUGGGCACGGAUGAAACGGUGAGUUUCUAUGCGCUGCAGAGCUCCAAAGAGGAGGACGUGGAGCCGAGUCCGCGGGUGAUGGGGGAUGUCAGGGAGCGGUUAGGGGUGGAGUAUUUGGUGGGUGUGAUGGGUGUGGGUGGGGAGAGGUGUGUGGUUGGUGGGAAGCACAGUGCGAACGCUCUAAGCAUGAUCCCUAUACGCAAAAACGCCUCUUCCGGACCACUGGCAUACGAUUUCGACAUAUCCCGCUCCCUGCAUUUUCCCGGUGCACAUGGCGAGGAAAUCGUGCGAGAUGUUUUCGUAGACAUUCACACAAACACAGCCUACACCGUCGGCGAAGACAGCUACAUCCGUGCCUGGAGUAUGCCGUCUUCAAACACUCCCGCUGCGACCUCCACGCACCCUGCAGAUAUGGACAUUGACGAUGCCGAAGAGGAAGAUGCUACGGAGAAGCGGGGAACAGAGAAGGAGAAGCGGAAGAAGGACAGAAAAGAGAAGCGUCGAGACAAGAAGGACAAGAAGAAGGAAAAGGAAAGGUUUAAGCCUUAUUAAGAGAGAGAUGUGUGUGGGGGUAUUGUACAGGGCUCGAGACACUGGAAUGCGGACUAUAUAUGCUCGUAGGUUAUGGCCGCUAGGAAGAGAUAAAUGGUCGACCUGCUCUAAUAUGGCAGCAUAUUUUCAACAACCACCAAUUCCAUUCUCCAACGUAUAACGCUCAUCCGUCCUCCUAACAACCAGAGCCCUCCUUGUGUUAGCACCCAACAGAGCUUCGCGCUGCUAAUAACUACACAAGCUUGCAA